AUGGCAUUAUUACAUCUAGCGAUAGGUCUAUGUGUUUAUCUGCUAUUUACACAUGGUGCUGAAGGAAACAUUGAUGAUUUUGAUUGUGUUGAUAUAUACAAACAACCGGCUUUUCAACAUCCAUUGUUGAAAAAUCAUAAAAUUCAGAAAACAUUCAGCUCGCAUGAGAAUCUUGAAAGAAGCAACGAAGAUGAAACAAAAGAGCAGUGUCCAGAAGGAAUGGUUCCAAUUUUACGACAGAGAAAUGAAUCUGAGAGUUUUCAUUUGAACACAGCCGAGAAUUUUGGUCAACAUUUUGCAACAAUUGAGACAAUGUUAGAUGGAAGUAUCUAUCGAGGAGCCGAAGCUGAAAUAAGUAUUCACAAUUUAAAUUUGCGAAAUAAUCAAUACAGUAAAAGUCAAAUGUGGUUUGAGAAUGGACCUCCAGGUCAACUCAAUAGUAUACAAGCUGGUUGGGCGGUACAUCCAAGAUUAUACGGUGAUAGUGUCACACGAUUUACAAUAUAUUGGACUGGAGAUGGUUAUCAUAAAACAGGGUGUUACAAUACACAAUGUCCUGGGUUCGUGGUUACAAGUCGAAAUCCUAGAAUUGGAAAUCAAUUUUGGGGCACAUCUAUCUAUGGUAAAUCAAGUGUUCUGUUUAGAACGCAAGUUGUUCAGGAUGGCUUCAGCGGAAACUGGGGACUUAAAAUAUUUGAUGAAGUAAUAGACGGAAUUAGUCCUCCGAUGGGAAAUGGACAUUUUCCGGUUGCAGAUUUUAAAAAGACAGCACAUUUUAGAAACGUGGUCAUUAUAAACUCUGACUAUAAAAAAUUGCUUCAGGGUGACAUAUUGGAGUUAUACCAUAUCCACUGGAGAAGCCUUUUCAUUUGGAGGACCAGGUGGAAAUUGUGGUGA